GAGUGGUGGUAUAAGUGCUCGAUAUUGUCGGCAUGUCACACUCGUACUUAAUCCAUAAAAGCUAUUAUGUAUAAACGCAAAAUAUCAAAGUCGUUAUAAAACAGUGUCGAAGUGAUUGCAAGUAAGAAAACAGUGAAACAAAAGUUUAUCCGAGUGAAUUGUAUCCCACAUACCGGCGUAAUCUGAGAAGAAGACAUUAGUGAUUGAAUGGUCGAUUAUGAAAUUAUUUUUACUAUUUAAUUUAUUCACACUAGUUCUGACGAGAAAACGAAAAAGGCUUAAAUAGUAUUCGGUUAUCGAAAAUUGCUUUUAAUUUUAAACUAACAAGCAAUUUGUAAUUGUUGCCGCCUAAAGUACAAUACAAUUAUUUAUUGGUUAUUUGUUACUUGUUUUAGUUGUUAGUUUUUUAAUUGUUUAACAGACGUAUUUAAAUAUGAAACAGAGUUUCGUAUAGUUAGUCAAAUAGUUGAAAGUUAAAUUUAGUAUCUAAAUAUACUUAAUAAAAAAUGAACGGGGACGUAAGGAAUGGCAAUAACUACCCCAAUACGAGGUACACUACGGUGGCUACGGCAGUCUUCGAACAGGAAAAUGGUGAUGUUCUCGUCAAAAAGAAGAAAGGAUUCUUAGGAAGGUUUGGGGCGAGACACUUUGUCACAUUCAUGCUUUUCCUGGGAAUGGCCAACGCGUACAUCAUGAGGACAAACAUGUCUGUAGCCAUAGUGGCUAUGGUUAACCAUACAGCCAUAUCUGGUGAUUCUGAGUCUUCAUCUGUUGAUGACGAAUGUGGAGUGAUCGCUGAUAAUACAACGACCUCAAGUAGUGAAUCCGAUGGAGAAUUCCUGUGGGAGACAGAUAUCCAGGGUUAUGUCUUGAGUUCAUUUUUUUAUGGAUAUGUGAUAACUCAGAUUCCUUUUGGUAUAUUAUCAAAACGAUAUGGAAAUAUCUACUUUCUGGGAGUAGGCAUGCUGAUCAACUCCGUGUUUGGUCUGUUGGUACCGGUAGCUGCGAAUAUGGGUAUUUGGUGGCUGAUAACUGUGAGGUUUAUACAAGGCCUCGGUGAGGGCCCUAUUGUCCCAUGCACACACGCUCUUCUGGCAAAAUGGAUCCCCCCUAAUGAGAGAAGUCGAAUGGGCGCUUUCGUUUAUGCAGGAGCACAGUUUGGAACGGUCAUAUCGAUGCCUCUGAGCGGUCUUCUUUCCGAGUGCGCUUUGGGAUGGCCCUCAAUAUUUUACGUUUUUGGAGCUGUGGGAACUGUUUGGUGCGUCUUCUUCCUCAUUUUCGUCUUUGAAGAUCCCGAGACUAAUACUCGUAUGGACUCGGAAGAGAGACUGUACAUCCAGAAAGAGUUGGGAAGCAAAAUUGGAGUUCCGAUUCCCCCUAUUCCUUGGAAGGCCAUUGUGAAAUCGAUGCCAUUUUGGGCUAUCCUCCUGGCCCAUAUGGGACACAAUUAUGGUUAUGAGACGCUCAUGACCGAGCUGCCUACUUAUAUGAAACAAGUCCAUCAUUUCAGUAUUAAAGAUAAUGGAAUCCUGUCUGCUUUACCGUACUUAGCUAUGUGGAUAUUCUCCAUCUUCAUUAGUCACGUAGCCGACUGGAUGUUAACCAAGCCAUACUUCACUCAUACUAUUGUACGAAAACUUAUCAAUGGAAUUGGUCAGUAUGGUCCUGCUAUUGCUUUGCUAGCUGUAUCGUUUACGGGUUGUGAUAAAUGGUUAACCGUGGCCCUCCUCACUGUUGGAGUUGGACUUAAUGGCGGUAUCUAUUCCGGUUUCAAAGUCAACCAUCUGGACAUUUCUCCACAGUUUGCCGGCAUCCUGAUGGCGUUCACCAACUGCUUGGCUAACCUUGCUGGGCUGCUUGCCCCGAUUUAUGCUGGGAAUGUCGUGGUUGGCACGCCAAGCAUAGCUAAGUGGAGGACCGUCUUCAUAACUGCUGCAUGCGUCUACGCCGGUUGCUGUACAUUCUACGUCAUCUUCGGAUCGGGCGCGCGCCAGUCGUGGGACCAACCGGAGGCGCAAGUAGAGGAAGAAAAGAAGAAAGAUGCAGGAGAUGAUCCAGAGGUUGUGACCACUCGUGCUUAAGAGCAGAAACUGGAUUGUAUUAUUGUGAUUUAUCUUAUUAGCCGUAGUUUAGUGGUAUACUACUUAAUCCAGUUGCAAAAUUAAAUUGCCACGUUUCAUCUUACCAGUUGUUAUUUUAUAAAUUAUAUUUUUAUGUCAUUGUGUAAGAAUAAGAAAUACUCCCAGUUCGUUUUAUGGAGAGCGCAUGGAAAUUGUCGCUGGAACGGGUCCUUAAUAAGAGCGCGGAUGUAUUGUUGUUGUUUUAAAUUAUUUAUGGAAAUAAAAAUUAUUGUCGAAUUUUUAUAAAAUAAAUUUUCUUUCUAAACGAG